AUGGACCUGGUUCCCUCGCCAGUGCUGCUCGCCGAUGUGCACAAACGUCUGGGGUAUCUUCGUCGAUUGCAUCAACUGCAAGUCGCGUAUGGCGAGCUUAUGCCAGCGUUCCGCGCGGCGUCGACUUUUACAGAGCUGCGACAAGUCUUCUUCACGCACGACGCGGUAGCGUGCCAGAUGCUAGGUCGCGUGUACCAAGCUUGGAGGGACGGGCCCUACCACGAAGCGCUCGCGGCGGAUCACUCAGGAUACGAGCACCGUCCACCCCAGAACAACGCCGAGGUGCACGAAGUUCUGUCUUGCUUCCUCGGCAACCCGCUCGUGUUGGACACGCUGCUCCCGUUUGUCGGGAUCACGGCCCGCUACCCGCAGGAGGAGGCGCUCCUGCAAAGCUUUGUGGCUACCCUGAAGGACAUGACAGCUGUGGAGGCGGCAUCAUGGGGCCCUGUGGCGGCUAUGGCGUCGUGGCGGUGCACCAACGGCCUUUACGUGGUACACCACGCCUCGCGCGUGCACGUCCUGCGGAGGCUUCUGAAUGAGGCGCAGUUCUACGGACUGCCUCUCUUUCUGCGGUCUAUUCGUGCGAUGGCGGGUAGCCACGCAAGCAGCAGUUUCGCGUCGACGGCGAGGGAGGGAGGGUGGCAGCGUGCGGUUGCACUGCAACGAGCGCAGAGCCUCUACGCAGAUCAGUUCUUCCUUACCCCUGACGGCCUUGACCCGGAUCUCUUCUCCCAGCCGGACCCGAUGCAGGCGCAGCUGGUGCAGGAGGAGCUCGUCGCUCUCCAGCGCGCGCAUUGCGCCUUCUGCCUUGUUGUCGGGGAUGCGGACGAGGUGCUAACGCUCGUGCAACGACACAUGCGGCAUGUCGGCAGCGUUUGGCAGCACUGGGUAAAGGAAGAAAAGGAGGAGUUGCUGCCGGGGGUAAAGGCGGAGCCGCUGGAUGCCCGGGAUCCAACCGGCGCGGAUGCGGCGGCCACCGAGCUCAGUAGCGAGGAUGCGGACAAAAGUGGCACCGCGAGCGCCAACGCACCCGGGGGGCCUGCCCUGCCUCGUCCUCGUGCUCCUACGGACCCGCUACGCCGCUACGUCAUCCGCACCGUGGACGCCGCGCGGCGUCAUCAGCGGCUCGAGGCGUCGUCUGCUGGCCAUACUGCUGCGACGCCCCUACCGUUCAGCCACGUGCAGUGGAUCGAGCACGGCAGUACUAAUCGUUGGUCGCCGAAUGCGCACUACUACGGUCUGGCGUAUAUGGUGGUGCUGGAGACGGAGGAGGAGUGGGCAACGGAGAAUGGCGGCAGGCUCGCGACUGAAGGACUGUUGCCAGAGACGGCCAUCGUGAUGAAUGCGGCGACCAAUACCGCCGCGCUGCGCGAGGCGCGGGCGCCGGCGUACUGCGUGAAUGCAAUCCUCGAGCUGUGGCGCACCUAG